AUGUCCACCGUGGUCGUGCUGAUCGCCCUCGCAUCGGCCGUAUCGCUGGUCUUCGCGGCCCCGCCGCUACCCGCACCGCUGCAGGCGUUGGAGAAAAAAGGUCUGAGCGUCGUGGGUAAAUUUCCCAGCCCGAGCGGAAUGACGGCCUACGCUGCCCACGCGGGAACCGAGCCGAUGGCGUUGUACUUGAUGCCCGACGGCAAGCAUGUGAUCGUCGGGACGCUGUUUGACGCCACCGGCAAGAACCUCACCGUGGCCGGGUUGGAGAAAGUCUUGGCUCAGCCAAUGACGGAGGCCGUCUGGAGCAAGCUCGAGGAGAGCCACUGGAUUGCCGACGGUCGCGAGGACGCGCCACGAACGGUCUAUGUCUUCACCGACCCCAACUGCCCCCACUGCAACAAACUGUGGGCCGAUGCACGACCUUGGGUCGAUGCGGGAAAAGUACAGCUUCGCCACGUUAUGGUGGGUAUUCUGACCCCGACCAGUGCCGGCAAGGCAGCAGCAUUGCUGGGCGACAAGAAUCCGGCAGCCGCUUUGGACGCAUAUGAACGCAGGCACGUCGCGUCGAAUGCAAAGACGCUGGCCAGCGGGCGGCCCAAGCCACUAGGUGAUGACAGUCUGAAACCGCUAUCGGUGGUUCCUGCCGGGAUCGCAGCUCAGCUCGAUGCGAAUGCUGCGCUGAUGGCCUCUUACGGCCUGCAAGCGACCCCGGCUUUGGUCUGGAAGGACACCAAGGGCGUCGUGCAGAUGCGCCAGGGCGCGCCGGAGUCCGAUUUGGCUAGCAUCUUCGGGCAGCGCUGA